AUGGGAACUUGUUCAUCAUAAAAAUAAAAUAAGAACUCUGUAAAUCAAAUAAACUAAUUUAAUCUAUCUACAUAAUUCCCUAAACUUAAAGAUUAAAUUCAUUUUUUUGAUUAGAUUAGUUUAGAGCAAUUAAAUUAGCCUGAUUUAUCAACAUUUCUGUCUAAACAUAUAAAUAAGCAUAGAAUAGUUAAUGAAGGUAAGACUUGGAUUGCUGUUAAUGAAGUUAAAUGUAUAUUAAACACAAAAACAACUAUUUUAAUAAGAAAUUUUAUUCCAGAAACAGAUGCAGCAAUUUAAUUGAUAUAUUUAUUGAAAUAGCUUAUUUCAAUAUCAAUAGGAGCAUAAGAGUUGUAAGUAGAUUUUAAUGAAUAUGCAGUUGAAUUGUUCCAUUAUUUUCAAGCUUAGCUAAUUUAAGUAAAUACUUUAAAUACGAAUUUAGAUUUCAAUUGAAGUAUUAUUAGCAGUGAAUACAUUAAUAAAGAAAUAAGAACAUUGGUGGAAUGACAAUUAUUUUAGUUGGAGGAAAAAUUAUAUAUAAUCAAUGUUUAAAAUUAAAUAGCCAGAUGUUGAGAAAGUGGAAUUUAUUCUUCCAUUCUUCGAAUAUAUUGCUUUAUUAAAAGAAUGUGCCAAAUAGUUUUGUAAUUAACUUAAAUCUCCUGAUCUAAUUGCUAUAGAUAUUAAAGCUUAACAAGAAGUUUUAGAAUAAUUUUACACAUAAUUAAGAACUUGUUUUUUAUAAAAUCAAUCAAUUUAAACUGAUAGUAUAAAUUGGGAACAUCGCAUGACAUCUAAAUAAUUAGAAUAAAGACUUUAAACUUAUACUCUAUUUAUUAAAAAGAAAAACUCUAUUUCUUGA